AUGGCCCAUCUCGACAAGCACCGGAUACUUUCCGAUCAGCAGCAUGGGUUCCGGAGGAGGAGGUCCACGGAGAGCCAGCUCAUCCUCACACUGCAUGACCUUGCCAGCGGCCUCGACGAGGGGGAGGAGAUCGAUGCCAUCUUGUUUGGCUUUAGCAAGGCCUUCAAUAAGGUCCCCCACGAACGACUAGCAUUCAAACUGCACUACUACGGUAUCAGGGGCAACUUAUUGCAAUGGAUCCGGAGCUUCCUGGCAAACAGAUGUCAACAAGUUCUAGCUGAGGGCAACUCAUCCGACCCAUCUCCAGUGAUCUCAGAUGUCCCCUAA